AUGGCGCGGUUGGUACUGUUGCUGCUGCUGGUGUUGUGCUCGUCGGGGGUGCGAGCGCUCUACUUCCAUAUCGGAGAGACCGAGAAGCGCUGCUUCAUCGAAGAGAUCCCUGAUGAGACCAUGGUCAUCGGGAAUUACCGCACACAAAUGUGGGAUAAGCAAAAAGAGGUCUUCCUGCCCUCAACCCCUGGCCUAGGGAUGCAUGUGGAAGUAAAGGACCCUGAAGGGAAGGUGGUACUGUCACGGCAAUAUGGCUCAGAGGGCCGCUUCACUUUCACUUCGCAUACUCCUGGUGACCAUCAGAUCUGUCUGCACUCCAACUCUACCAAGAUGGCUCUCUUUGCUGGUGGCAAACUGCGUGUGCACCUAGACAUCCAGGUUGGGGAACAUGCCAACAACUACCCAGAGAUUGCUGCCAAGGAUAAACUGACAGAGCUGCAACUCCGAGCCCGGCAAUUGCUUGAUCAGGUGGAGCAGAUCCAGAAGGAGCAAGAUUACCAGAGGUAUCGUGAAGAACGCUUCCGUCUGACCAGCGAGAGUACCAACCAGAGGGUCCUGUGGUGGUCUAUUGCUCAGACUGUCAUCCUCAUUCUCACUGGCAUCUGGCAGAUGCGUCACCUCAAGAGUUUCUUUGAGGCCAAGAAGCUGGUGUAA